UUGGUUAUUGGUCGGAUAGUGAGAGGUGACUUCUCGUUCUACACAGCCUGUGGUCGAGCUCUCUCAUAUGUUCCUUUAUGCGCUCUAGAAGAUGUCCGAAACUCAAUGAUACGGUGGUUGUCACGACUGGGUUCACCAAGUCCGUCGCCGAAUUCAUCGGCAAUCAGUGAGUCACCUCGUAAGGAGUCGGUAUCAGAGAACUGGAGCGUUGCAUACGCGUCAGAUCCUUCUGAAUGGGAACGGAAGUUUGGAGAGUGUUGGACGGUGGCGGAAAAGAUACUCGACAAGAAAGCGAAUCAUCCAGAGCAUGACAUCACUUAUAACGAGAUGACGCAACUUGUGGCUCAACUGACCCGGAUGUGCCAGUUGCUAAUGAUGGAAGUGAACGCACAACCGGAACCUGCCAUAGGGCCUAUUCUUGAUCGGUACUUCACGAAUCAAAUAAUGGAAAUGGUUCUCGACUGGGCGAUUCAAGUUCCUGAUUUUCUGAAGCCUACCUGUCAGGUAUGCAUUACUCUACUCUUUUCAUAA